UGCCAAUCUCGGCUGAGUGCCAGGCCCAGGAUGUUAUCAACCAAGUUUACCUCUCUAUUGCCGCCCCAACGCAAAUACCACUGAUACUCGGUGUCGCCCAAUGCCAACCAGUGUACAUUUUAUCUUGUCGUCAAGCAGCUGUCGUUGUUUCACUUGACAGGCAGAUAUCCACUUCACUUUGCGACCAAAAACUACGACCUCGGUGCGGAGUACACCAACGUUCCCAACCUGCCUAAAUUGGUAUUAAUGCUUUCGACAUUCCGAACUCGUUCAAUAUUACUGCGUCGCAGAGGAAUACAUCAUGUCAUCUCUUCCAUCGGGGAGCCGUGCUACACAGCAACGUGCAGAAACAGGAUAUAGCACGAGUACAAAAGCCCCUCUCAUGCUCUCAACCAAGGACUCGAUCAUGCCGGACCGCAGUCUAAUUGGAGGAAAUGGUGUUGAUCAGUCGCCUUUGUCACAAAACGCUUCCUAUCAAAGCUACGGAAAAUUCAAUGAAGAAUGGGACGCCAGCCAGCGGGGCAGCUCGAUCAUUGACACUGAGCGCUACCAAUCGAAACAUACGCCCUCUGUUAUGUCGCAAGGUGACCCAUUGCUCCCACGACGAGGGGGAACACUUAAAAAGAAAGCUUCGCUGAGGCGAAGCAGCAGCCGUCGGAGUUCCCGAGCUGGUAGCGUAAGGAGUUUGGCUUUGCAGCCAGAGCCAUCGGAUGAGAUUCACAGCGCAUUCUAUUCUCCUGUGCCGACUACCGGUAACCCAACAGAGGCGCUUGCGAAUAGAUUUACAGCGUGGAGGAAAUUUUUGAAGGAUCUCAUUGUCUACUUUAGAGAGAUCCAGAACGGAUACGACCACAGAGGAAAGAGCAUCUUAAAACUAUCAAAUGUUGCCAACAAUAUCAGCGCGCCCGAGAAUUUCCUCCAGUCUAAUGGCAUCAACGAAGCAAUGCAGAUACUACGUGAUUACCACAAACAGACAAUCACAGAGUCAAGCAAAGCCCGAAUGAUCCAAGAAGACGUGGUGCAAGCCUUGACUGGUUUACGAAGUGACCUUCAACAAAAGAUCAAAGAGAUCAAGAAUCUGUCUGGUGACUUCAAAAACUCUGUUGACAGGGAAAUGGAUACUACAAGAAGGGCUGUGCGCGUAUUGGGAGAUUCGCUAGGCCAAUCCGACAUUGAUGCAUCGCAGAUGACAGGAAAACAAGAUCCAUACUUACUGAGACUAGCAGUUGAGCGCCAGCUCGAGAGGCAGAUUGAUGAAGAGAAUUAUCUCCACCAGGCAUACCUUAACUUGGAAACAUCUGGCCGAGAGCUUGAGUCUAUUGUAGUGGGAGAAAUCCAGAAAGCUUACAACGCUUACACUGGCAUACUGAAACGUGAUGCUGACGAGGCAUACACUGCGAUACAGAACCUCAGAACGGGUCCGAUUGCGAUGCCUAGAGACUAUGAGUGGAACAGUUUUAUCGAGUCAGAUGAGCACUUCGUUGAUCCCAGAGUCCCUAUGCGCAGUGUUGAAAACAUUCACUACCCAGGCCGCGACCACGAGCUUGCCCAGGAAGUUCGAGCAGGUUUGCUGGAGCGUAAGAGCAAGUACUUGAAAAGCUAUACUGCCGGAUGGUAUGUGUUGUCACCAACACAUCUACAUGAGUUCAAAACCGCGGACAAAUCUCAAGCUCCUAUAAUGUCCCUUUAUCUCCCUGAGCAGAAGCUUGGAUCCCAUUCCUCGGAAGGUGGGUCGUCGAACAAAUUCAUGCUAAAAGGACGCCAAACUGGAUCUCUCCAUAGAGGCCAUUCCUGGGUGUUUCGAGCGGAAAGCUACGAUACGAUGAUGGCUUGGUAUGAUGAUAUCAAGUCAUUGACAGAAAGUGCACCUCAGGAACGAAAUGCAUUCGUUCGUUCACACGCCCGAAGCUUCAGUGCUGCCUCCCAGCGAGCAGCAUCUGUAAGCAGUGACGGGGUUAUGGACGAGGAAGACGAGGAGCCGUUCUCAACAGUUUCAAACUCUGCUGUCGUGCAAGUUGCCAAUAAACAAGAAAACGCCAAGCGGCCGGAACCAGGUGGGAGAUUCCCGUCCGACAUCCAGGUGGACCCUUCUCGUGGCUUACAAGUACCUCUUUCGCCGUCUAGUGCAAACUCAAGCUUAGGAAACAAUGAAAUUCGGAACGAAAUCUCUACUACUUCAAAUGUAGCGAGAGGCGGUACUGGUGAAUAUUUCCCGGAGAAUCGCAUCAUCUCUCAAGCAUCGUCACAUUCCGGUCACGGCACCUCAAAUGGAGCUAGACCAUCGCACGCGACACAACUAGAUCAAUUCGCCGUCGAAGAUGGGCUAAACCCUUACACUUAUCAACCGCUUGGAAGCCAGAACCCACAGGGAUCACCCUUGACGAAUAAAACGGCCGUCGAUGAAAAGGGGUUAGCUGAAUAUAGCAACUAUCAACAGAUUCCUGUUCUCGAGCGUCAAUUCAACCAAUCGACCCCCAGUUCUCGGGUAGAAUAUAUGGCCGCUAAUAACGAUCCCGCAUUGCAGGAACAUCUUGCACAGACAGGGCCUACCACGACUGGGAAUGAGGCCUCAGGUCUUAUGGCGGCAUCCCGAGCAACCAUCCACCCUGUCAUCUCAGAAACGGCGAACGCCAACACUCAUUCACAGCCAUAUUUGGAUUACUCUUCGAUCGUACCAUCAGUGGCUGGGCUAAAUACUAUCACUGCUGUGAAUCACUUAGCAGAGCAACGUCCCGAGUUUCCAGAGUCAAAAAGUCUAGAGCAAGCGACAAGCCUUCCAAACACAGCCCAUGAAAGCCACUCGUUUUCCGGACCUCGAUAUGCUGACAAUGAUACGUCUUCUUCUAACACCACUCACAUGCAUAUUCCAGGGGAAUAUCCUUCCCAGACGCCAACCGACGAAUAAUCGUUGGUUUCCAAAGUGGUGAUAUAUCCUCGGUUAUCUCCUUUUGGUCAAACCACUUCUACAGUUGUCGAGGUCCCUACUUUGGAUUUCCACAGCUGCUGGUUCGUCCUCCACUAUUUCUGGUUCCUCUACGGCAGCUAGUCGCUGAAUGGGAGCUUGUCUGUUGGCCUCAUAGCUGCCACCGGUUCCUCAAGCUCCAGCUCCACAGCUCCAGCUGGCUCCUCAACUUUUAGCUCCUGUAUUUUCAGAGCUUCUCGGUUUUGAGCUCGUCACUUCCCACCCACGGCACUAGUUUUAUCGAUAGAAUAACCAUCAGGACGUCAGGCUGGCAAACUCGUCACUCGUUACGGGGCACAGGAACAUGUCAAUCAUGUAUAUAUCGAAGACUACACUGUUUCCUCUGAUAGAUAGAUAGAAGCAAUCAAUCCAAACUUGACAUGUAACAUCAGAUGCUAGUAUACACGAGGGUUUUGCAUGAAAAUGCCCGACUUUCUGUUAAUAUUACCACUUGUUGUUGAGGGAUGAUAUGAUGAAAUUAUUUCCUAUAAACAAAGUUAGGCUAACUAAGAACCAGGGUGCAAAAAUAGUAAACUGGUUAAUUACCCUAGG